GACAUUCUAGAGACUCUUACAGCCUAUCAAAUGUAACACCGAGUCACUAAUGUCCGGAUAUAAUGUUCCUAAAAACAGCAGGCAACCAACUCGAAAGCCUGUAUCAAAAGUAUCGAGGUAUUGUUAAGAAGUAGCUCGUCCUAUCGUUUAGGUAUAAACAUCGUCGCCGAAAACCGCCAGAAAUCGUAGUUUUUCGAUACUCAUUGAAGAAACUGUGGAACUUACUAUUUACGCAUUUAGCGUUACGAGCAUCAGUGAAUUUGACUCUGAUAUAUGUACAAAGCUCGAUAGAAACGCUUGAACAAUAUACAAUUGAAUAAUUUCUACGUGUACGUGCAUACGUAUCCUGUAUAUUUAAUUUUAAAAAUGGCCGUAUCCUCAGAAAGUGUAAUGAGUCCUGGCCUCAAUGAUCCUGUAACCAAAGCGGUGGUAGAUAAUAUAAUGGGAAACUUGCCAACGAAGAAACCCCUUGUUCGAUGUGAUGAUUGUGAUCUCUCGUUUACCAGCCAAACAGUAUUAGAUACACAUUUGCAAGGAGCACGACAUGCCAAACAGAUUAGAUCCAAAAAUAUAAUGGCAUCUCUUGAAGAAACCAAAGUAGCAUUUACAAAAGAUGAAGAAACAAAUGGAUUGAAAUGCAAUGUGUGUAAUGUGUGUCUAAACUCAAUACAACAACUUCAAACGCAUUUAAAUGGGAGCCGGCACAAAAAGAAAGCCAUGAGAGGUGGGUGGGCUGGCAAAGAUGUUGGCAGUUCAGUGACAUCGACUACCAUAAAUAUCCAGGAAACCCCUGUAUCUAAAGGUGUAUCACUUUCAUGCAGCAUGUGCAACAAAAUCUUCAAUUCUUUGACACAGUACAAUGUGCAUAUAACAUCGAAGAAACACACCGGUAAAUUAAAACAAGCUGGAACUCAGAAGAAGAAAAGAUUUUUCCCAUAUUGGAAAAAGCCUAAAACUGGCGUAAAUCCUAGGAAUCUUGUUCAAUCGCUCUCAAAUAAUUUUGUACCAGGAGGUUUCACAAAUCAGACGUAGAAAAAAUAAUGUAAUAGAAUGAAUAUCUCUAUUUUAAUACACGUAUGAAUUACUUAAAUAUACAUACAUUAUUCUUUAUAAAAAAAUAUUUUUUGUAUAAAUAACAUUGGAAUCGUGUCGCUUUAAACAAUGAAAUCAAUUUGAAAUUUAAAUUUUAGUUAUUAAAAACACGCAUAUAUAUAGUAUAAAUAUCCAUAUGAUGCUACAUGUAAUUUUUUAAUUCUGCCACGUGAAAAUGUAAAUCUCCCUCUUCGCACUAUUUCUUUGGAAUAUAUAUAAUGUAAAUAUGCAUAUAAUUGGAACACAAUUAGUUCGUAUGAAAGAUACAAGUUUUUUGUUAACUAUACUUAUCAACUAAGAAAAUUGUUGAAACAAAAUGCGGGUGUCGUGUUAAAAAUUUACAUACGUGUGAAUGGUUAUCUUUGACAUUAGAUGAAAUAGUGCAAAUAGGUACUAAUGAACGAAUGUAUAUAUAUGUCCAUUUAAAAAUUAAUGAAAAAAUACAUAAUGUUGUAAGCAUAAUAAUAAUAAAAGCUAUAGUCUUCGAUUAUUGAUCCUGCAA